UUAAGCUUCUUCUUCUUCUUCUUCUCGAUCGGCGGAGGAGGAAAAAUGGAUUGCCAUGUCUUUUCCUCACCUUCAGCUCUUCUCUCACUCAAAUUCGAUUCAUUCAAAUCAUUUCGUUCUCUAAAGCAAUUGAAUUACACUCUCAAAUGCGACAAUACCAAUCUCAACUCAAGAACAUCACUCCGCGUCAGUCAAUUCUCCGUUCAAGAACCAACUUCAGAAGAAACCCACGAUUUCAAUUCCUUCACUUCUUCCAUUUCCCCUCUCCCAGACGUAGAAACCGCCUCCUCCUCCUCCUCCAAGAACGUAUGGAUCAAUCCAAGAAGCGCUAGGGCAUCUCAGCUUCGUCUUAACUCAUACGAUGCAAGGUACGCUUUCCUAUCUGAAUUAGCCGAAUCACUAAAUUCAUGCCCACCAUUAGAACAAGAAGUUUUCCGUAUUUUAUCUGGGUUAGGCGAUAUGAUGGUUGAACAAGACGCUGUCAUUAUUUUAAACAAUAUGUCUAGUACUGUAACCGCUACUCUAGCACUCAAAUACUUUCAGCAGAAGCUUAAGUUAACAAAAGAGGUCAUCUUGUAUAAUGUAACAUUGAAAGUAUUCAAGAAAAACAAGGAUCUUACUGGUGCAGAGAACCUGUUCGACGAAAUGCUUAAGAGAGGAGUGAAACCUGAUAAGGUCACAUUCUCUACUAUAAUCAGCUGCGCUAGGGUUUCAUCUCUCCCUGAAAAGGCAGUUGAAUGGUUUGAGAAAAUGCCCACCCACGGAUGCGAACCGGACGACGUAAACUACACUGUGAUGAUCGACGCUUAUGGUCGUGCGGGGAAUAUCGAAAUGGCUCUAAAACUAUACGAUCGUGCCCGGGCUGAGAAAUGGCGAAUUGAUGCAGUCACAUUCUCGACUCUAAUCAAAAUCUAUGGCAUGUCUCUUAACUUCGACGGUUGCUUAAAUGUAUACGAAGAAAUGAAAGCUUUAAACAUUAAACCAAACGUGGUAGUUUACAACACAUUGUUAGAUGCAAUGGGAAGAGCCAAGAGACCGUGGCAAGCCAAGACUAUUUACAAAGAGAUGACCACAAACGGAUUUGAACCGAGUUGGGCCACUCACGCUGCCCUGAUCCGAGCUUAUGGUAAGGCUAGAUAUGGAGAAGAUGCCCUUACCAUCUAUAGACAAAUGAGGAAGAAAGGAAUGGAAAUGAACGUCACUCUGUACAACACGUUAUUAUCCAUGUGCGCUGAUUUAGGUUUAGUCGAAGAAGCCACCGAGAUUUUCGAGGAUAUGAACGAGUCGGGUUCGUGUAAGCCUGAUACUUGGACUUUUUCGUCGAUGAUCACGGUUUAUUCGUGUUGUGGGAAAGUGUUACAAGCCGAGGCAAUGCUAAACCUUAUGAAGGAAUCUGGUUUUAACCCGAAUAUCUUUGUUCUCACAUCGUUAAUCCAAUGUUACGGGAAAGCUAAUCUAACUGACGAUGUUGUGAGAAUGUUUGACCUAACUAUGGAGCUCGGUAUUACGCCUGACGAUCGUUUCUGCAGUUGUUUACUAAACGUGAUGACGCAAACUCCGAAAGAGGAGCUUGGGAGACUGAUAGGUUGUGUGGAGAAGGCGAAUACGAAGCUAAGUAAUUUCGUGAAUGGCGUUCUUCUUGGAACGGCUGAUAGUGAGGUGUUAAAGAAGGAGGCGAAGGAAUUGUUGGGUUCGAUUAGUAAUGUUGUUAAGAAAGCUUAUUGCAACUGUUUGAUAGAUCUUUGCGUGAAUUUGGAUAUGCUUGAGAAAGCUUGCGAGUUAUUGGAAGUAGCUAUGGGGAUGGGGAUUUACAAUGAUUUGCAGAUGAAGACAUCCACACAAUGGUCUCUUCAUUUGAAGAGUUUAUCUCUGGGUGCGGCUUUGACUGCGCUUCAUAUUUGGAUGAACGAUCUGUCGCGAGCGUUGGAGAAAGGGGAGGAGUUUCCUCCGAUGUUAGGGAUUAAUACGGGGCAUGGGAAGCAUAAGUAUUCGGAUAAGGGAUUGGCUAGCGUUUUCGAAACUCAUCUUAAGGAACUCGAUGCCCCUUUUCACGAGGCUACGGAUAAGGUGGGGUGGUUUUUGACUACGAAAGUUGCUGCGGUUUCAUGGUUGGAGUCUAGGCGAGCUGCUGAGGCUCUGGAGGCUGUUGUUGCGGCUAAGUAAGUAGAUAAUGUCUUGGGUAAUCUGUUUUAUUAUUAUUAUUAUUUAUUAAUGUAGUAGCUUAUCUUGAUAGAUAACAAUUUUGUAUGGGACAUGAUAUGAGAAUGUUUAUUUAUGCAAUAUGUUUGUAUGGUUUA